AUGCCUUUUAACAUCUGGUUCAAGUAUGAUGAAAGCCAGCCAGCUAAAAUCAAACUUGAUGGAGAGGAUGUUGACGACUUAAAGGAGGCGAUAAAGAAGAAGCUGGAACCCAAGUUGAACGAUGUGUCCGUUGAUGACAUUGCGCUCCGAAAACAUGGGGAGGACGUGGAUCUGGAACCGGAUAGUCUAGUGGAGGAGACCCUUGAGAGUGAGCGAGCGUUGAAGAGACCUCGUAUUGAUAGAACUGCCAUCAUUUGUCAGAAACUAAUACUUAAAUUUGAAACGAUUCCCACCCGAGCGGAUCAACUCGGACCUUUUAUAAAUGCACAACUUCUUUGCAAGUUGCCGGCGUCCAAGCACGAGGAGGAGCAGUACCCUGAGCUUUUGGAACUGAUCUAUACAAAUGAAGAUGACAGUUACAGUGAUUUGGCUAGCCAUAUUUCUGUAGCGCUAAGUAGACAGUUUAACGACAAUAUCUCGGAUAUUGAAAGUGAGGAUGAUCUGCAUCACAUCAUAGAUUGUUUGAUCAAAGACACACUUCGUCUGUUCAGUCGUAAUGCUGUGCCUGGAAGCCUAAACCUUUUGAUUCGUCGCAACACUGUAGAUAGGGGGUGGACAACCACAACAGUAGUAGGUACUUGUCGGCCAGAUUUCCUUGUUCACCAUAAAAAUGUUCUCAUGCUCAAGGGCGAGGAGAAGGCUAUUCCAAAUUCAUUUCAUGAAGCUUUGGGUGAUCUUACGGAUAAGUUUGAUAAGCUCGAUCCUCUUUUUUUUGGUGAUCAACAAUUUCUUAUCUGCUAUGCUGUGGCUGGAUGGAAAAUCGGCUUCUAUGCCAUUGAUGGUACACCAGAGGCUGCAUCAAAGCCAAGUCGUUUAAUCACUCUGUCACCUCAAUUCGACCUCCGGAAAGUCACAGAUCGGAUUACUGUUAUUUCUGUGACUAUUAACAUAUUGCGAAUUUUAGUGACAAUAGGACCUUAUCUUCCCAACGAUAUUAUCCCCCUUUAUUUACCGAUUCAACAAGCUUCAGGUUCAACAAUUACAUUCUACGAUGACUCAGUUGUAAAGGAGCUUAGUUUCCAAUACCUUCCAUAUGUUGAUGGCAGUGUGAGUGAGUGUAUUGCAUUUCUAAGAGGAAUGUAUGAUUAUGCGAAAGGAUGUUUGAGUCUUGUUCAGCUUGCAAAGCGACCUAUCAAAGGUCGCUCGACAUACAGCUUGAUUAUGACUACGCGUGGUAUUCGAAGAUUACCAUGUAAUGAGACUGAGCUGCGUUCGAUGGCAAGAAGCUUACUUGUUGGGCUGGACUGUCUGCACAGUGGCAAUUAUGUACAUCGCGAUAUUCGAGAACCCAAUGUCCUGUUUGUGCCUGAAAACCCUGCUGGUUCAAAAUAUGUACUUAUAGACUUUGAACAUGGAGGUAAAGCUAAUGAGAAAAUGAAUGAACGAUUAAGUGGUUGGGACCAUAGGACCCUUUCCAACAGCCAAUACACUAUACUAUCUGACAUAUACCAGUUGGGGAAACUGAUAGAAAGGAUUAUGAUGCGCUUUCAAAUAUCAGUUUCAGAUAAUGGAAAGACUUUUGUGAUGAAGUUGAAGGAGAAGAAAAUGAAUGCUGAACAGAUGCUUCAACAUGCAUGGAUCACAGAUGCAAACCUUUGA